UAGUUAGUGUCUGCUUCUUGCCGAUUUUUUAUUGCUCAAUUACGCAGCGAUAGCGGCUGGCACACACAAUAAAUAAGACACGUUAGGCAUUUAAGAUUUUUAUGCUGAAAUGCAAAGUUUAAGUGAAAAAGUGAAGAUUGUGAAAAAUUCGACUACUCCAAGCCGACAUCUGGUCGCUAUCGCUGAGCUUUCGCCUGGCGAUGUCAUAUUGGAGGAGCAGCCGCUGCUCGUGACGCCCCAUUGGGAGUGUGAACAGAUGAAAUGCAGUCAAUGUCUACAGGACUCCUUCGUAAUGUGCAAAAAAUGUGAGUUCUUUCCGCUUUGCAUCGAUUGCACUACACACAAUACCUACGACUGUGAUUUCUUCUGUGAGGGCGCAGCGGGCGCUGAGAUUUCCAAAAAUCUGCUCGUCGAAAAUUACACCAUUUUCGGUGUGCUCAAAUUACUCUUACUUAUGGAGAAUCCAGCGAAUAGCGAACAGUGCGCGGCGUUGAGCGCGACGCCGGGCGCCACCGUGGUCGACAGCGAAGCGUGGCAAGAGCAAGAUACGCAAAUCGUCACACCACUACUGCAGUCGGGCAUAGCACGCGUUUUCAAGCGGGUCAAGGUCACGCACGAACUGCUGCACACACUUUGCUGGCGCAUCGACGCCAACGCUUUCGAGGUGACCGCAAGCGACGGCAACACCUUGAAGGGGGUGUACGCGUGCGGCGCACAACUACCGCACAAUUGUGUGCCGAAUACUGUGGUCACCUUCGAUGAAGACUUCCGUUUGAAAUUGUACGCAUCGGUGCGCAUACCUGUCGGCGCUGUCAUCUACAAUACGUAUACGAAUCCACUAAUGGGUACCAGCCAGCGACAGCAUGAGCUGCGCCUGACGAAGGGCAUUGAGUGUGCGUGUGCACGCUGCAGUGAUCCACUGGAACUCGGUACGCACAUGAGCUCGCUGAAAUGUACCAAAUGUGCGAACGGUUUUGUGGUCUGCAGCGCGCCCAUACGAGACGUUGGCAUUUGGAAGUGCAACAAUUGUGCCGCGACGAUGGCAACGGAUGUGGUGAAACAAUUGCUGGUGGAUGUCGGUGAGGCGUUGUUGGAGACCAACAGUGAACUGUUGGCCUACGAGAGCUUGCUGGCGAAGUACAGCGUACAUUUCCAUCAAAACCAUUUUGUGUUGGUGGAGAUCAAACAGAAUAUUGCAUCCAUAUUGCGCGCCAUACUCAUGAAUCCCAUGUGUAUACCGGGUAAGGACUUGUUGGAGCGUAAGCUGCAAUUGUGCGAGGAGAUGAUGCCGCUGGUGCGUGCAGUGUUGCCGGGUGUCUCCAAAUUGUACGGCAUUGCGUUGUAUGAAUAUCUGUUGUCCUAUAUGGAAUUGGCCGAGUUGAUUUUUGAGGAGAAGGCUGCAGCAAAUGCAGCGCAGAUUUUUCAGGAAAAGUUGGAAGACGCACGUGAUAUCGCGGCAAAAGCUAAAGAAAUGCUGCGUUUCGAGCCUAGCAAUUCACCGGAAGGACACUUGGUGAGCCGUAUAGCUAUGGAGCAGAAACGUAUUGAGGAGAAUUUGAGACAGCUUAAUUCCAAGCGCAGUUGUGCUUAAAAUAUUAUGUAGCAUUCGAAUACUUUGUAGAAUUAAACUAUUUUGUAGAAACCAAUAUACUAGCUUUGUAUAAA